AUGACACCUGCGUUUUUGGCGGGGUUGUACAGAGUGACACCAGUUCUGGCUGAGAAAUCCUCAUCUCUCAACCUGACGGCGAUCAUGAACACGCACCACCACUGGGACCACGCAGGCGGCAACACCAAGGUCCUCGCGUCCCUAGCGGCCCCGGUGCCCGUGAUAGGCGGCAAGGACUGCGAAGCGGUGACGCAGACGCCUGCGCACAACUCGACCUUCUCGAUCGGCAAGAACAUCGAGGUGACGGCGCUGCACACGCCGUGCCACACGCAGGACAGCAUCUGCUGGUUCAUGCAGGACCGGGCGACGGGCGAGCGCGUGGUGUUCACGGGCGACACGCUCUUCAUAGGCGGGUGCGGCAAGUUCUUCGAGGGCAACGGGGCACAGAUGCACAGGGCGCUCAACGAGGUCCUGGCCGCCCUGCCGGACGACACAAAGGUCUACCCGGGCCACGAGUAUACCAAGUCGAACGUGAAGUUUUUGAAAACGGUCCUCGCGGGCAACGAGGCGCUGGAGAAGCUCGCCAGGUACGCCGAGGAGAAUCGGGAGACACAAGGCAAGUUUACCAUCGGCCAGGAAAAGGCGCAUAAUGCUUUUAUGCGCGUGCACACCGACGAGAUGAAGAAGGUGACGGGUCAGACGGAUCCCGCUGCCGUGAUGGAUAAGUUGAGGGAGAUGAAGAAUGCGAGUUGA